AUGUCUGGACCGUUUCAAGAGAUGUCUCAGGGAGCAGAUGAGCUCUCUCAUGAUAUGGCAGACCACCUCGAAGAAAUGGACACGUCGGAUACCCAGUGGGGUUGGUUUUACUUGGCUGAAUGUGGCAAGUGGCAUAUGUUUGAGGUAGUCAUUUCUGUAGAUAGCUCACCCUAUUCAACAUUCUGUUUUCCUGUCCUUGCACUCUGCAAAGUAGGUUGUGGUUUUCAUUUCACAGAUGGAAAAGUGAGGCUAAGAAUCUCUUGCAAGUCGUAGUAUAUUUUAUAAAUUUUAUAUUAAAAUACAUGAAUGAACAACAACGUGCUCUGCUGGAAGUAUCAGAGGGAUCAACUUUUAUACAAAUACAAAUAUAUGCACAAUUGGAAAACAGUUUUAGGUGUUAGUUUCAAUACCAUAUUUUGGUUUACAAAAAUCAGAUAACUGAUUGCCAGUUCUUCACGUCUCUGCUCCUCCACAUGCAGCUGCUGGGUGACCUUGGGCUAGUCACACUUCUUUGAAGUCUCUCAGCCCCACUCAUCUCACAGAGUGUUUGUUGUGGGGGAGUAAGGGACAGGAGAACGUUAGCCGCUUUGAGACUCCUUCGGGUAGUUAUAAAGCGGGAUAUCAAAUCCAAACUCUUCUUCUUCUUCUUCUUCUUCUUAGCAACCUUUUACAUUAUAUUGUUUACUCUUGUCUUCACUUAAUUUAGAUAGCUUUGCUUAUUGCCAUGCUUUCUUUAUCAAUUCUUUUGUUGUAGGAAAUUUUGCAGAAUGCCAGUUAUUUGCAAUAACUGAUUUUGUGAUAGUGGAUAAAUCAAUUCCUUUGACUUCAGUGGUGCUUACUCACAUCCAGUUGUGUGUAGUAUUGCAGUUCAAAACAAGGAAAUUGUUCCGGUUAAUAAUAAAGGUUGAAGGAGACCCCAGCCUACAGCUUUUGCAGAAUUAUGCUGGGUUUAUUAGGUGUAAGAUGCCAUGAAUGUAAAAUCUCAAACAAAGAAUGUUCUAAAAUUUAAAUGAGAACUUUGGCAGUUCUUCUGUACUUCUGACAUUUACAUAAUCUUGUAACUGAAAGUAUUAAAACUACUGAGGCACCUCUGCAUCUAUUCUCCUAAAUUCUUCUAAAAUUCACUCUGAAAUGUUGUUUAUGUGCUAAUAAUUAUUGGGUCACUUUUUUAUAACCUUUAAAAGUGUGCUUUUCAUUUGUUUUGAAGACUGAUUCUACUAGCCAGUGUUCACUUAGCAGUGAAGACAUUGAAGGAAUGUUCAAAAUUAAUCCACAAGGUUCCAUUUCUUUUACAACUGCAAAAUUCGACUAUGUGCUGGACUUUUCAGGUAUGUAUAUCUAUUUACUGAGAAGGUAUAAGACAUUUAUAAGCCAGGGGAAAUACCCUAUGUUGUAAUUGGGAAGUUUUCUGAUUGCGUGGGUGAAUAAUUAACAGAGAACUUUUACUUGUAGUAAGGCAUAUGAUGCAGUGACUAUGUUGAAGAGAAGCACAUUUGUAUUGGUUACUGCCUGGGAGACUUACUUGAUUGAUUUUUAUCACAUUAUCAGUGGCUUACGACAUUUUAAAACACAAGUUUUAACUUAUUCUUACACCCUUAUUAAGUUCACAGUACCUUAGCAUUUGGUAUGGCUUAUUCUGUGAGCUGCCCUAUGUGUCCUGCCUAGAGGCCUUGAAAACAAGAUAGGAUAGAAUUCAGUAACUCCGUAUAAAUGUAGCGCGAAUCAGGAGGGAGAGCAGGAUACUAGCAAAAGGGAAAGUCGUCCCCCCGUCCCCAGUGUGCGUUUCCUUAAGCUUGUAAGAAAGGGCAAGAGCUACAUUUGAACAGAUCAAAUCGAUUUACCUACAAUAGAUUUUGAUUGGCUUGUGAACUGAUCAUUAGUGCACUUUUAUGUGCUGUUAACUAAAAUUCCCAUGAAAGAACACUGAAAAAAGUGCUCGGCAAAAUUCUGUCUGUCCAUUUUCUAGACCAGCUUUUCCCAACCUGGUGCUCUCCAAAAACUGGGACUAAAACUCUCAUUACUCCUGAUCUGGAGGGCACCAGCGUGUGGUAGGCUGAUUUAGAUUUUGGCUAACUCUGGUUUUUUACACAGGGAUGAAACAAACUAACCAAACAACUGGAAAAGAACGUCCCAUAAAAAGAGCUCCAUUUUCUAUCACUGCCUUCAGGUAACAGUCACUCACAUUUUCCUUGUGACAUAGUUAUUUUUUUCUUUAAAUGUUUUAGUGUCCUGUUAGGUCAGGCUUCCUCAACCUCGGCCCUCCAGACGUUUUUGGCCUACAACUCCCAUGAGUCCUAGCUAGCAGGACCAGUGGUCAGAGAUGAUGGGAAUUGUAGUCUCAACAUCUGGAGGGCCGAGGUUGAGGAAGCCUGUUCUAGGUUCAUGCUGAUAGUCUUCCCCCCACCUUGAGUAUAUUAAAAUGCAAAAGACAGAUGAAACUAUAUUCACAGUUCAUCACUUGGUGCACCUCAGACAUUGUGGAAACAAAUUAUCGUAGCCAUUUUGCAAUAUCUGAUGCAAUUUAUACACCAGCCCUAUAUUUGCUAUUAACAAGAGAAGAAGCAAUUUACUUCAUUUCUCUUUUUUUCUUUUUAACUUUGCAUCCCUGAAAACUUUCAGUUUUGAAUGAGCUCUCUUGCAGUCCGCCGAGCAAAAGUUAUUUUGUUCAAGCCUCAUUGAACAGAAGCUGUGCAAAGUACAUUAUUUAUUUCCUUGUUUUCAUCUCUCUUUCUGUUUUGAUUAACUUCUUGAUCAUCUAAACGAGUAAGAUAUUCAAUAAGGAAAAAGGAAUGGGUAGGUGAAUCAGACUUAAUUACUUCAAGGGAAAGAGCUGCAAGUCUUUUGGGAAACCCAUUCCUUCAGUCUCUGGUUUCCGGCCAUAGAUCUCUGCUUUGCAUGCAAAAGGUGCCACGACCAAAGCCUGACGUCUGCAGGCAAGAGACCCCAGUCUGAAAUCCUGGAGAACCACUAGCAGUCAGCAUCAUCAGCCCUGAACUAGAUGGGCCAGUGGUAUCACUAGGUUUAAGGCAGCUUCCUGUGUUCCUAACCUUUCCAGAACUGAUUUUUAAAAAUAAUCUAAGAUCAUUUCCUCUUCAGGUGACCUCUUACAUUUACUUAGUGUUCUGGGUUCUCCCUAGGACAAAGAAGUGGGAAUAAGUUAAGUAACCUCUGCCCCUUGUAGGAAAAUUGGAGAAAACAUAACUAAAUAGGCACAUCUAAAACCUUAAACUUAAGGUUCUAAUUCAGCAAAUCAUUAAAGCACCUGAUUGACUGAUUACCGUAUUUUUCGCUCUAUAACACGCACCCGACCAUAACACGCACGUAGUUUUUAGAGGAGGAAAAUCCGUAGGCAUGCCACCCGUAGGCAUUCCCUCCAUAACAUGCACAGACAUUUCCCCUUACUUUUUAGGAGGAAAAAAGUGAGUGUUAUGGUGCAAAAAAUACGGUAUUUUUCUUUUUAUUCUGCCCUUAUUGUUCAAAAACAAAAUCCAAAGAGGAAACUAAAACUCUUUCCAAUCCUUUACAUUUUUGUACAUUUUGCAUUUUGUGUACUAUUUCUGUCUUGAGUGGGGGAUGUGACAGCGUACUGACUACUCCUUUUGUGCUUAAAGUUUCAUCUGUGAAAAUCAGUCUAUCCCCAUGCCUUCACACUGGGAGAAUGUAAAUUCAGAAGAGCCAUACCAGGUAAGAUCUUAGUAGGUUAUUUUGAAAUCGUUAGAAGCAAAGGACUUAAUGCAUCUGGGUAAAGUUCCGUGUUUCUCUCUCCUUCAGCUAAUUACUUUGCAUAAGCUGACAAAUGAAUAUAAGGAGGUUGCUAGCCAGUUUGGGAAAACAAUGGAUAGUAAUCGAAUUAGAAGAAUUCAGAGAAUUCAGAAUCUAGACCUGUGGGAAUUCUUUUGCAGGUGAGACUAUUUUAAAAGUGGUUUUUGUGCUAAAUAGCAUCUCUUUUAAAGACAGAUCAUUUCAGUAUUUACAUUGACUUAAUUUCAAGCUUAAAAUUCAUGUUUCCUUUCGUUCAUUCUUAAUCAGACCUGUCUUUAUCUGCCUUGCAGUGCAUGUAUUUCAUUCUUUUCUCUAUUAAUACAUUGUGCACUGAGCCCCAAACUACAUAAAUGGCCAGUAUCAACUCAUAUCUCCUACUAGCUCACCCUGGUAAUGUUUUAAUUAAAAGAUAACAUUGUUAUUGUGGUCCUGACAGUUGACUCUACAAGUUUUGGUGGUUGUUGUUUUAAAAAUUCUUUACCGCUCUUCAUCUGAGGAUCAGAGGGCAGUUUACAGUAUAAAAACACAAAAAUCCAUCGCAUAAUAACAAACAAAUUCAAUUAUUUAGGUUUAACUGACUUGAAUUGGCCUGCUCAAAUGUCACAUUUCAAUUCAAAGUCCCCAAAUAUUGUUGUUGAAGGUUGCAGGAGUUGAAGGCGGUAUUUAAAAAAACUGGACCAGUCUGCACAUUUUCUUCAUCACAGAAAUGCCACUUGAAAUGUUCUUGGCAUGAUCUUUUUACAUAACAUUGACUCAUCAUGAUUUUCCCUUGAUCUGUUUUGUAUUUCCAUGCCAAAAUAUAUCCAUGUCAUUAAUGUGCUAAUUCAUAAAGUGCUCUGGCAGCAGAAACCUUGUCGAAACCAGUCUGAUUUACUCAUCCUUUCAAUUAGACCAGCAUAACUUAAGUAGCCUACCUGCCAGAGGAAAACAACAACAUCCCUGCCUGGUUAUCUAUAAACAUGUCUUACCACAGGCAGCUGGGCAAGUGUCUGCUUACAUGCCGAUAAAAUGUUUUUAAAAUUGCCAUUUUGGAGCCUUUUUAAUCACCUUUUUAAUAAUUAGUUUCCUAGCUGUAUGCAGAUACUUACAGAAAUGCAUUAAGCAAAGAUCUGCUAUUUGUUUUGCGUAAUGAUUUCUCAGCCAAGAACCCCACAAGAGGGAAUUCAUUGGUCUCCAAUGGUUGCGCCGAAACUAUUUUAUUAGGUUAGCACCAACAAUAUUUGCUAGCAGUAGAUGCGUUAAUGGUUUUUGCAUGAUGAAUUAUAGUGAUAUCCCAGUGUUGUUUUUUUGAAUUUAUUUAGGGCUCUGAUUUAUAAAAUAUCAAAUUUCUAAUGUGUGCGAUUGUGUGGUAGAAAGGACUGUAUUAGUUCAUACAGCUGGUGCAUGGAGAAUAUUAUUUUUGAAAUGUUACCUUGUGUGCAACUAAAAAAAGCCACAAAACAUUUCUGCAAGUGGAAGACUAGUUUAUCGGUGAUCUGGCCUAGGCCUCUCCCUGUGUUCACAAGUGCAGUCUCCUACCUGCAGUCUGCAGUCUAUUUUUAAAAGGAAUUUACUACCUCUUCAACUGGCUUUUGCUUUGCCCACAUUUUUAUUUCCAUUACAAAUUGUUUGUUAUUUUGUCCUUUUGACAGGAAAAAGGCUCAGCUGAAGAAGAAAAGAGGUGUCUCCUUCAUUAAUGAACAUAUGUUGUUUCAUGGCACCAGCAGUGAAUUCGUGGAAGCCAUCUGCAUUCAUAACUUUGACUGGAGAAUCAAUGGCAUGCAUGCCGCUGUAUAUGGAAAAGGCAAGGAGCUGUAUGAGAUAUCUUUUAUGAGUUUUCAUGCACAUUAUGUUCUUGCAGCUUUCUCCUAGUUAAAUGUUUUACUACAAAGUAGUUCCAUGCUGCCCUUGUGAGCAUCCCUUAAUCUGAAAAAAAGUCUUGCUAAGGGUCAGAAUUGAGAGCCAUAAAUUAGAACUAAUCCCAGAAAUUAGACCUGCGGCAAAUCACCAAUAAGUUCCCAAGCACACCCACUAGUCCUCGAGUGAGUGGUGUUCCAAGGAAAAGUAAGCAAGGGCUGGAAUUGGCGCUCCACGAUCUGGAUUUCUCUGGAAGCUUUCUUUUUUUUAUAUAAUUUUUUUUUAUUAAUUUACAACAAAACAAAACAUACAUAGUAAUUUCACAUCCAGUUUUCACAAAAUGCUUCUUUUCUGGACUUCCUUCAGCUUUUCCGUAAAUCAUCCAUAGUCAUUAUUUUAAUUACGCAUUUCCUAGUUUAUAUUGUCAUUGUUUAUACCCUUCAUUUCCUUUCUCUUUAAACACUACUUCUCCGUUUUUCACAGUGCUUUUUUAAACCCCUCUAGCGUUAUCUGUCCCUCACUUAUACUUUCCAGAUAUUGCGCAAAUUUCCCCCAGUCCUCGAUGAACUUUUGGUCUCUUAAGUAUCUAAUUUUCCCAGUCAAUUUGUCCAACUCAGCAUAGUCUAACAACUUCAUUCUCCAAUCUUCCACCGUCGGUAUUUCCUGUUGUUUCCAUUUCUGAGCCAGUAGCACCCUUGCUGCUGUCACUGCAUAUUGGAAAAAUUUACAAUCCUUUCUCUUUAUCUCAUUUCCUAGUAUUCCUAACAGAAAGGCCUCAGGUUUCUUUGUAAAUGUAUAUUUUAAAAUCUUCUUAAAUUCAUUGUAUAUCCUUUCCCAGAAGCCUUUCACUUUCUUACAUUCCCACCACAUAUGAUAAAAAGAACCUUCUCUGGAAGCUUUCCACAUAGUCCCAGCAACCCAUCGCAGCGCAGGUGGUGCAUAUACUGCUUCCACCUCCAGCUGCUAUCCAAUGGUGCGGGUCAGGAAGUGCGUGACAUCAUUAUAUUUUAUCGUGUGUUUCCAUUGAUACAUGUUUUAGGCCAUGGGUAGGCAAACAAAGGGCCGCGGGCCGGAUCAGGCCCAAUUGCCUUCUGGAUCCGGCCCAUGGACAGUCUGGGAAUCGCCGCGUGGCCCGCCAGUGUGCGCGUUCUUUCCCUCCCUUACACAGUGGCGGCGCCUCCUCCCUCCCUCCUCCUUGCUUUUUCCUGUCCUGCCUAGAGGAGGAAGGGGGCUGGGCUUUGUUGGUGCCAGAAGCAGCAGCGCUCGAGCGGCUGCCAUUUUAAGCAGCCCCUCUCCGGAGCCCUUUUGCGCACUGCUCAUCAUCCCUCCGCCGCUGCCGCCAGCCCGCAAGACACAGGUAAGCAGCCACCGGGGCUCGUGGUGCUCUUGCAUCAUUUUUUUUUUUCCAAAAUAUAGUCCAGCCCCCCACAAGGUCUGAGGGACAGUGGACCUGCCCCCUGCUGAAAAAAUUUGCUGACCCCUGUUUUAGGCGAUAGGUAAAGGUAAAGGGACCGCUGACCAUUAGGUCCAGUCAUGACCAACUCUGGGGUUGCGGCACUCAUCUCGAUUUAUUGGCCGAGGGAGCCAGCGUACAGCUUCCGGGUCAUGUGGCCAGCAUGACUAAGCCACUUCUGGCGAACCAGAGCAGCGCACGGAAACGCCGUUUACCUUCCCGCUGGAGUGGUACAUAUUUAUCUACUUGCACUUUGACGUGCUUUCGAACUGCUAGGUUGGCAGGAGCAGGGACCGAGCAACGGGAGCUCACCCCGUCGCGGGGAUUCGAACCGCCGACCUUCUGAUUGGCAAGUCCUAGGCUCUGUGGUUUAACCUACAGCGCCACCCGCAUCCCUAGAAGUGGGGAUUUGACCCGGUUGCCAUUUUUGGCAGCAAUCCCAUGCCUUUGAUCAUGUGUGGUUCCACCCUCAGGCUUCAGUAAGUAGGAUGACUGUACUUCUGGACUAUGCUCAAGCACUUUUCUUUUUCUGUAGGGACGUAUUUUGCAAGGGAUGCUUUAUAUUCCAGCCGCUUCUGCAAAGAUGACUUGAAGCAUGGCAGCACAUUACAGAUUCAUGGAGUUGACCUGCAACUUCAGAUGUUUUGGAAGCAUAAAGUGAUGUUUCUCGCUCGUGUAUUGACGGGGGACUAUGUCAAUGGGGACUCCAAAUACGUGAGACCACCUUCAAAAGAUGGGAGCUUUGUGAAUUUAUAUGACAGCUGUGUAGACAGUACCUGGAACCCAAGGAUUUUUGUCAUCUUUGAUGCCAACCAGAUCUAUCCAGAAUAUUUAAUAGAGUUCAGCUGA